AGAACAGGCUUAGACUUUCUUAUCUCAUUUGGCCUGAACUAGAAUGUAGUUCGCUUCUUUGCCGGCUAGGGCAUGACGGUUAAACAAGUCCGAGGCUUGCGCGCACCCGAGGUAUCCAAAUGCUAUGGUUGUGUUAGGAGCCUACCUGUUGUAACUCGAUUCGGUCGGCUAUCCGUGCGACCAGGCCCUUUAAGCCUUUCAACUCCCGUCCGUAGCACUCUUGCGCGAGCCGGUACAUCUUCCCUGCGAGCCUCUCCUGUGCGGGGGCAUCCAAGCAGAAGCUUGCCCUUGCUCCUACCGUCUACAAGAAACGACCAUGGCACUCAAGAGCACCCAGAAGCAAUAACUUUAGCCCCAGCAGCUGCUGUAAUGACAGGGAUUAUAGUCAUUCUUGCGUCGCUGCUUACAUUCCCAGCCAUCGCAACCGCUACCACCGAUUCAGCCCUCCUUGCGUCUUCCACGGUCAUGGAAGGCCGUGGACUACUCGGCUCGGGAGACGACGCCGGGGUGCAUGGCAGCGACGGCAACAGCACAGCCACGCUUUGGGCCACGGCAGCCGUCAUGUUCUUCGGUGCCCUCAUAACCGGGCUCCCCGGGGUGGGCCUCAGUUGCGGGGAUUGCUGGGGCAGGUGGAGGAGCAAGAAGGGCCGCGCAGCUGCCUCAUCUUCCGGUCUUUCCAAUGCUGGCGGAGGUCGGCUGGAGAGGCUCCUGCGGGCCCCCGCGCUACGCAUGCUAUCCGCGGGCCUCAUGCUAGGCAGCGGGCUGGGGGUGGUGCUGCCGGAGGGCUUCACAACCUUCGUGCGCGGGGGCGUGACAGCCACCGCCGCCGCCGCCGCCGCAGCAGCAGGGGAUCAGGGCGGCUCUUCUGCUGGCGGAGGUGGAGGUGGUGGUGGGCCGCUGCCCGGCUGGUGUUCGGGUGCGGCGCUGGUGGCGGGUUUCCUAGCCAUGAUGGCGCUGCAACUGGGUCUGGAGGGGGGGCGGCAGCAGCAGCAGCGGCAUGGGGGGCGGCAGCAGCAGCUGCGGCAUGGGCAUUCGGAG